GGUUGGUUUGUGGAGCACAGAAACGAUGCUGUGGAAAGGAGCUGCUUAACCUCCCACGAUGCCCUUUUCUGACUUUGUCCUAGCCCUGAAGGACAACCCAUAUUUCGGAGCUGGGUUUGGCCUUGUCGGGGUGGGCACGGUCCUGGCAGUGGCUCGUAAAGGGGCCCAGUUUGGGCUGGUGGCUUUCAGGCGCCACUACAUGAUCACCUUGGAGGUGCCCAGCAAGGACAAGAGCUACCAGUGGCUGCUGAACUGGGUGUCCCACCAUGCCAAGCACACACAGCACCUCAGUGUGGAGACAUCAUACCUGCAGCAUGAGAGUGGGCGUGUCAGCACCAAGUUUGACUUUGUCCCCAGCAUCGGGAAUCAUUUCAUCUGGUAUCGCAGGAAGUGGAUUCGCAUUGAGCGCAGCCGGGAGACGCAGGUGAUUGACCUGAACACAGGGACCCCCUGGGAGUCUGUCACCUUCACUGCGCUGGGCACCGACCGGGAGAUCUUCUUCAACAUCCUCCAGGAAGCCCGGGAGCUGGCACUGCAGAAGCAGGAGGGGAAGACACUCAUGUACACGGCCGUGGGAGCAGAGUGGCGGCAGUUCGGCUUCCCCCGCCGCCGCCGGCCCCUCAGCUCCGUGGUGCUGGAGAAGGGCGUGUCGGAGAGGCUGGUUCAGGACGUGAAGGAGUUCAUCAGCAAUUCCAAGUGGUACAGUGACAGAGGAAUCCCCUACCGAAGAGGUUACCUGCUGUACGGUCCUCCUGGCUGUGGGAAAAGCAGCUUCAUCACAGCCCUGGCCGGGGAGCUGGAGUACAGUAUCUGCCUGCUGAGCCUUAGUGACCACAGCCUCUCUGACGACCGGCUCAAUCACCUCCUGAGCGUGGCACCACAGCAGAGCAUUAUCCUGCUGGAGGAUGUGGACGCUGCCUUCAUCAGCCGGGACCUGGCCGCUGAGAACCCUGCUGCGUACCAAGGCAUGGGGCGCUUGACCUUCAGCGGCCUCCUCAACGCGCUGGACGGCGUGGCAUCCACAGAGGCCAGGAUUGUCUUCAUGACCACCAACUAUGUGGACAGGCUGGACCCAGCCCUGGUGCGUCCUGGCCGUGUGGAUCUCAAGCAGUAUGUGGGCCAUUGCUCCCACUGGCAGCUUUCCUGCAUGUUCCAGCGCUUCUAUCCUGAGCAGCCCGUGGCUGCAGCCGAGCGGUUUGCAGAGCAGGCACUGGCCGUCUCCAAACAGAUCAGUGCUGCCCAGGUGCAGGGCCACUUCAUGCUCUACAAGAUGGACCCUGAAGGAGCCAUUUCAAACAUAAGCUCUAUCCUGCUGUGACCUGGGGCCAGCAACACUGAGAGGACUGGGACAAAGAUGUGACCAUCCCAGAGAUGCCAUGAAGCUGCCCAGAUGCACAGGCCAGGUCUCUGUUCACCUUUACCCCUCCAAGGCCUUGUUUUGGAGAGUCAGAGCUGCCAGCCUUGCAGCAGGGAGAGGGAAUCAGCUCUUGCUGCUCCCCAAAUUUGUGUGCUACUGCACCAGCCCUGCUCACCAGUGUGUGCCUCAUGUUGGGAUUUCUGUAAGCUGCUAACACUCUUGGAUGUGAAUCCUCUUCCUUGUGGGUCAGCCUGGGGGUUUCCUUGGGGCAGGAUAUUGGGGUGCUACACUGCUAAAAGCUGCUGGUUUUUUAAAGGACAACGGUCUCACUGGUUUGUGAAUAUCCUCUGUGAAAUGCACAACAUGGCUCUUGUCUCUCUGG